GACUGAAGGCAGCAGGUUAUUUAAUCAGUGUCUCAGCACUAUUUGAUUUGAUUGUUUCUGCCUCCAUGGACUGAUAACAACAUUUUUGGAAAAAUCACUGCUGGAGAGAAGCGGUCUCAUUCCUAUAUCGCUUCUAUUAUUUUCUCUGUCUCACUCUCUCUUCAUCCUUUUCUCUUAUUUUCUUGCACUCAACGGCUGAAUGGAUAAAGCUGGGAUGCCUGAGGCUUGCGGUCCCCUGGCAAGCCAUGAACAAAUCACCGAGGCAACAGCACCUAGUUCUAAACUCUUCCGCUGCAACUGUGUGCGUCGCUGGGUUCCCCUGGCCUACAGAGAGGAGCUCUACCACGUUCUGCGCCUGUCCGGGCCCCUGCUCAUCUCCAGGAUCCUAAACUUCCUACUGCCAUUCGUCAUCACGAUAUUCUGCGGUCACCUAGGAAAUGCUGAAUUGGCUGGAUAUGCCUUGGCCUCUGCGACUAUUAAUGUGACCACAACAGCCACAGGAUGCGGUCUGGCCCUCGCAUGUGACACACUUGUCUCUCAGACAUUUGGCAGUAAGAACCUUAAGCGUGUGGGGGAGAUUCUCCAGAGAAGCAUUCUCAUCCUCUUACUCUUCUGCCUGCCAUGCUGGGCCAUACUCAUCAACGCUGAGUCAAUACUAUUCACCCUGAAGCAAGAGCCAGAGGUGACCAGGAUUGCACAGCUCUAUGUUAUGGCUUUCCUCCCUGCUGUUCCUGCCAUGUUUCUGCACCAUCUGCAGGUGUCUUAUCUGCAAAACCAGGGCAUCAUCCUGCCACAGAUGUACACAGCAGUUGCUGCCAACAUUUUAAAUGUAGCAACAAACUACAUCCUUCUUCACUCAAUGAAACUGGGAGUAAUGGGCUCUGCCGCAGCCAACAGUAUCUCACAGAUCUCCAUCUGCCUCUUGCUGUUUGCUUACAUACGCUGGAAAAAGCUGCAUGUGAACACAUGGGGUGGCUGGUCUACUGCAGCACUGCAGGAGUGGGGGUCUUACAUGAAACUGGCUAUUCCCAGCACUCUCAUGCUCUGUUUUGAGUGGUGGGUCUAUGAGAUCGGAGGUUUCCUUGCAGGAAUGCUGGGGGAGGUGGAUCUUGCUGCUCAACAUGUGUUGCUGGAGGUGGGGGCCAUUACUUACAUGUUUCCAUUAGGUGUGCACGCGGCCGCUUGUGUGCGUGUGGGAAAUGCGCUGGGAGCUGGAGACACUAACAGGGCCCUGAUCACUAGUAAAGUGACUCUUAUGAUCUCAGGAGGUUUGGCUGUUUUACAGGGAAUCGUGAUGGGUUCCACAAAGUCAGUAGUGGGAUACAUCUUCACUUCUGAUGAGAGCAUAGUGAAAAUUGUCUCGGAAAUCCUCACCCUGUACGUUUUCCUGCAGUUUUUUGAUGCUCUCGUGUGUGUGUGUUCAGGGAUUCUUCUGGGUGCUGGGAAGCAGAAGAUAGCAGCACUGUCCAACUUGAUCUGUUACUACUGCAUUGGGUUACCAGUAGGAAUAUCACUGAUGUUUCUGGCCAAGCUCAGGAUACUUGGUCUAUGGCUUGGCCUCUUUAUUUGUGUCAUUAUUCAGACCUGUUUCUUCACCACUCUCAUCUUUAAGCUCAACUGGAAGAAAGUAACAGAGCAGGCUCAGAAACGUGCAGGCAAACAUGCAAAGGUAGUGUGUGUUCAAAAGGCACCAUCGAUAGGACAGUCAGUCCUUGAUACGCUCGUUUCUGAAGGGCAGGACAACGAUGAGCAAACACCUGAUACUGGAGCUUCAGCAAGUAUCCCUGAACCUUGGGAUGACAUAACUGGAAACAAAUCCCAGCUAACAAGUAAUAGACCUGAAGUGGCUGGCUAUGUCCAAGUAAGCACCCAAGAGCAGAGUAAACUAGUGAUGGCGAGUGAAUAUGGAGAAACCCAACCUAAAGCCUUGCUCUCUACGAACCAGCUUGUGCUCAGACGAGGACUUACGCUUUUGACCACUGUCCUGAUCCUGAUAGCUGGAGUCGCUGUGCACAUAGCUUGUCCUCUUCCAGAGCCUUUAAGCCCUCAUCAAAGCAAUCUAACAAUGGAUUCAAGAAAUGUUUCCACUUCUAACAUCUUCCUCAACACCACGUUGAGCUAACUCUAACUUGAUCCAUCUUAACAAGGUCCCAUUUCAAUAAAUUUGGGACCUCGAGUGGGUCAAUCAGCCAAUACCACCAAAAUUUGUCAGUGUUAUUUAAGAGAAAAAAAUGCAUCUCUGCCAGCUUUUCCAUCCUACCACUAAUAACAGUUGAAGGCUUACAAAUGAGCAUUUCUCUCGACGUACAAUAUACAGUACUAUGGACUUCUACAAAUUUGGGACACACUCCAAACCCAGCUGUGUAGGCCAAAAUACAGCUGAGUGAGACUACUGA